AUGAGUGACGCAAACGAAAGUAGCAAUGCAAACUCGCUUCAGGUGCCUGGCAUUGGGGCAACAAACAACAGAUCGAACAAUGAGACGUUGCCUUCUUCAUCAACACAAACAUCCAUGAUUGAAGUUCCUCCUCGACUCGAUUUCGAAAAUCCAAAGAAAUCAAAAACCAUGGCCGAAUUCCUUGCUUCCAUGGACAACUACGCGCCCAUUAUACCCGAUGCAGUAACUGACUAUUAUCUGAGCAAAUCUGGCUUCGAUUGCGACGACGUUCGAAUUAAACGAUUGUUAGCUUUGGCUACUCAGAAAUUUGUUGCCGAUAUAGCCACAGAUUCAUUUCAGUUCUGCAAGGUUAGACAGUCUGGGAAUAGAAAGUCUGGGAAGGAACGUAAAACUGUAUUGACCAUGGAAGAUCUUACAGCUGCCUUGGCUGAUUAUGGUGUUAAUAUCAAAAAGCCGGACUAUUAUUCCUAA